GUGUGGCUUACAUGUCUAGUUAACAUAUGUAGCAGUGGUGUGCUGGCGGCGGCGAUAGAGCUGGUACUAGCAGGACAUUGCAUUCUUUUCGACUACUGCCACCACACAUUACAUUUACUUCACUGCUUCUCAUCACACAUUUGUAUAUCUAUAUUUAUUUGUGUUCCUAUAGCAGAAAGAGAUAGAUAUCUUACAUAUAUGUAUAAUUUCUGUACAUGUUUUAAGUAGAAGACAUUACCAAUCUACUAUAUUUUGAUCGCUGUAAAUAAGCGAAGCCUCGCCACAGACGAAAAUCACGCACACAAAUACACCACAAAAAUAUCAGUGGAAGCAUUUUUACAUGAAAGAAGAAAAAAUAGUCAACAAAGAUAGCAGUCGACUUCUUCCCCUCCCCCAACAUUUAAAAAAAAAAUCUUCCUUUUUCUUAAAGCACGUGGAUUGUCAUACUUAAUGGUUUGUGUGUAUUCAUUGAUUUUACCCUCUACGUCACACCUGUUAUGUUUUGCUUAUUUAUUUAUUUACAUUAAUUCAUUCUUGCAUUUUACCUGAAGUAUAUCUCUAAAUGGUGUGAAGAGAAAAUUGUUAAUUAGACGAUAAAGAGAGAACGUUAUUAUAUUUAUGGUUGUAUUAAUUGGUUUUUCGCUGUUGAGUCAACUGUCGGAGUUACAGGUGGAUUACAUGUACAGGAUUUGAUCUUUCACCUGUUUGUAUUUACUCGGAAGACGACAGCAAAGCACGUAUUUUAACAAAAAAUAUUUUCACUCUUUUUUGCCAUUUCGAGUUCGCUGCUGACUUUUUUUUAUGCUCACAUCCAAUAACCAUUCAAUGCAUUGCUUAACUUGACCCUUCAUAUUUUAUAAUGUGGCAUAAAAUCUGGGAUACAGCUGUAGGUUUCCACAAAAGAUACAUUAGGCCUGUUUGGAACCGUGCACCGUAUAGUAAACUGAAAGAAAUCUGUGAUGAAAGUGAAGUAGAGAUGUCAACAACAGGCGUUUACUGUGCUAGUGUUACUGAUACCUCUGUCUCCAAUGAACCCCCAAAUGUUAACAGGUUUGAAAACAAAACACCUAAUUCCUCUGUUUCCGCCAUGUCCAUGAGACAAGGAUUUGAUGAACCUGAUGCUGGCUUUCAUCGUUCGGACUUUCCGAUGGCAUAUGCACCUUCCAUCACACCAACAAAGAAUUCUACAAUUACGGACAUUAAAAAUGCACUUCCUUUCCCUGCAAAGAGACCGUCUUACCAUCAUGUCCAAGAAGAAGCGGAUAAAAUCGAAGUGCUAGGUCAAGACGGUUACCAAAGUGUAAACUUAGAAUGUACAGCAACUUCCGAACAUAAAGGAAGCUCCGACCAUAUCAAGCAAUGCCAGACAUCUCCAGAUGUCGAAGUCACAGUCGAAGAAAUUACUCCGUCUUCCGCCAAAAUCGAAAAGAAAUCGAAGUCGCGUCGAAAAAGGAUUAAGAAGAAACUUGGGCAUGGUGCUCGUGUUUCUAUGCAAAUUCUAAAAGAAGCCUUCAUAAUUGGCUUUACACCUCCGGCUCCUUGUCUCUAUUUAACAGGACCCUAGACAAAGAUCCUACGGAAGAUAAAGCGAUGUUUCAUAAUGCUUUGGAGACACUUUAAAGCAACAAAGUUCAUGUGUCCUUAUACAUACCCUCCUGCAGUAGCAGUCUUCUCUGUGUAUCCACAAGAACUAGAGCCGAGAUAUGUUCUUGGUUAAUGGUAAUGACACUGGAAAAAAAAAAAAAAAUGUUAAAUUAUAUAUUUAACUUGAAAACAUUAGGAGUUGAAUAUAUUUUAAACUUUACUUUCUUUUAUACACCCUUUGUCUUCCCUAUAUUCUUUCUCUCUCUCUCUCUCACCCCCAUUUCACAUGUGUAUGAAAGUAUGUAACACAACAGCUUAGCUCCUUGCCAAAUUGCUCCCCCAGUUUAAAAAAAAUUUUUUUUUUUUACACAUUUGUGAGUUCCCUGCGUCUAGUCUUGCCCAAUAAAGUCUUAUGAUGACAACAAUAAAUAAAUAUAUCCAGUCCAUUCCAAAACUAAAAUCCCAAGAUACUCCUGAACAAUUCUAUUUAAAAAAUAAACACAUUCCAAAUGUUUCAUUUUUUUUUUUUUUUUUGGCCAAAGAAACAGAAAGAAAAUAAACUUAACUUCAUAUCUUUUUAUUAAAGCAAACUAUACAAUA